GGAGCUGGGGCGGAGAGGGGUUGGCCCGGACCGACGAGCGAUGAUGACCCGGGUGAAGGCAGUGGUUUCUCAGCUGGUGGGGGGCCAGGCGGCUGCUGGCUCCAGCCCCCAGUUGGGGUACAGCCGCCCGGUGUUCCUGCAGCUCAGCCCCGAGGAGAGAGAGCAGGCGGCGGACCACAGCCGCAGGAACAUCGUUAGCCCCGGCUCGGACAGCGCCAGGAGGCGGCUUCUACUGCCCUGGGACACGGGAUACGCCGAGGUGAUUAAUGCUGGGAAAAGUGUCUUCAAUGAAGAUCAAGCUGCCCGAGAAAUAGUGUGGGUGGAAAGGAGGAAUCCCAACAGUAGUACAGCAGGCGAGGUCAAAGGUGACAGGAGCGCAGGCAAGGAGAGGGAUGGACUUGAAUUCCAUUAUUGGGCGCUGUUUGAUGGGCACGCGGGGACAGCAGCUGCUGUGAUGGCUGCCAAACUGCUUCACCUUCACAUCAGCGAGCAGCUGCAAGACAUUGUUGACAUCCUGCAAGAUGGUGAUGUGCCACCCCCCAUCUGCCUCACCAGCCACACCAAAGGGGUAACGGGAAAUGGUGCAAAGUGCCCGUCACACGAGGGGGACUGGGAACCUCCCACCGACAGCGAGUCACGCUUCUUGCUGGAGAAGGAAAUAUCCCACGAGCAUCUGAUCAUUGGUGCGAUCGAGAACGCCUUUCGCCAGAUGGAUCAACAGAUAGAGAGAGAACAGAAAGCACAUGGCUCACAGGGGGGGUGCUGUGCGCUGGUUGUCGUGUACUUGCUGGGAAAAAUCUACAUUGCCAAUGCGGGUGACAGCAGAGCCAUCCUAAUCCGCAAUGGUGAAGUUAUCCCGCUCUCUAAUGAGUUCACCCCGGAAUCAGAGCGACAGAGACUCCAGUAUUUAGGAUAUUUGCAGCCACAUCUCCUUGGAAACGAGUUUACACAUUUGGAAUUUCCCCGGAGAAUCCAGCACCGUGAACUUGGACGCCGGAUGUUGUUUCGGGAUUACAGUAUGACCGGCUGGGCAUACAAGACCAUUGAGGAAGAUGAUCUGAAGUUCCCACUGGUUUAUGGUGAAGGUAAAAAGGCUCGUGUUAUGGCGACCAUAGGGGUGACUCGAGGGCUGGGAGACCAUAAUCUGAAGGUGCACUGUUCCAACAUCCACAUCAAACCGUUCCUGUCCUGCAUCCCAGAGGUGAAGGUGUACAACAUUACAAAGUAUGAGCAUGGGGUGGACGAUGUGAUAGUCCUGGGGACAGACGGAUUGUGGGAUGUGGUCUCUAACCGGGAGGUAGCUGAUGUCGUCAUUCGCGUCCUGUCCAGCUGCCAGCCUGAUGAUCUGAACAGGUUCACUCUCGCUGCUCAGAAUCUGGUGAUGAGAUCCCGUGGGAUCCUGAAGGGACACAGUUGGCGACUGUCCAAUGACAGGCUGGGUUCAGGCGAUGACAUUUCGGUGUUUGUUAUUCCAUUGUAUGGCCACACGUGAGCUGUCAUCCUGGAGCUCUCGAAAGACUCAUCACCGAGUGUCACCCAGUCCCUUCGGCAGUUACUUUUUCGUCCCCCCUCCCCUUUUUUGUCCUAAAUUGGCUUCCCCCAAUCCCUCGCGAUAUAAUCCUCCCCAGCAGAAGCAUCGCGGAAAACAAAUUUGCAUUACAGUAGCACCUUCCAGAACCUUGGUGCUGUCCAGCCAGUGAAAUACAAGGAGUGACUCCUGAACUGUCAGGCACCACACAGUAAUGUGCUGGAAAUAACUGCGUCCUAUUUUAUUUUAUUAUGGUGUUGGUCCAGGGAUGAACCUUUAGCCAGGAGAUGAAUGGGAAGGGUUUAGAGGGGUAUGGGUCAAAUGCUGGCAAAUGGGGCUAGAGUGGGUUGGGAUAUCUGGUUGGCAUGGAUCAGUUGGGCUGAAGGAUCUGUUUGCGUGCUGUACAUCUCUAUGACUGUCUGACUUGGGUGAGCUCCCCUGAUCUAUUUUAAAAAGCUCCCCCCCACUCCUUAGACAGCAGACAGUGCCCCAGUUGUACACCACAUCUGAAACAGAGUCUCAGCAGCACUCCCUCAGCACUGCCCUGAGGGUGUCAGGCUAGAUGUUUGUGACCGGGUCCGGUGAGUGGGGCCUCGAAUUGUGAACAAGCAAGUGAGCCAGCCUCCUGUUUAACCACAGCCAACACCCUCUGGGACUGUUAGUGUCCGCGGACCUGCAGCAGAACCCAGAUUGCAGACUGUUUCCCACUCAGUGCCCACCACACCCAGUCCAAUGGUCUGAGUGCAGUCUGAGCGGGCAUUCAACCUGGUCUAAGUGAGGGUUCAAAUGUCAAACGUGCCCUCUUCUUAGAAAUCUCUGGUUUCCAACCUUUGAUGAAGAUAUCUAUCUGAAACAUGUAAAAAGAGGAAACUAAAUGUUCUGUAAAUGUGAAAUGAAAACAGAAAAUGCUGUAGAUUGGGCAGUAGGACCAACGUUGAAAAGGCAUUUUGAUAAAGUCCAUGCGUGGGAAAGGGCUGGGGACAUAUAGGUAAGCACAAAAUUUAGUUUGGGAACGUGGUCAGCAUGGACUGGUUGGGCUGAAAGGCCUGUUUCCAUGCUCUCUGACCCUAUGACUCCGCACUUAAGUGCUCCCAAUUUAAAAGAGAAACUACAACUGGUGAAAGAGAUAGCAAAAGUAAUUAAAAUGUUUGAAUGGAAGGGAAAGACCAGUCAGGGAAAGUUAGAUUUGAUAGAACCUCCAGGAACACCAGAAACUAAAAUUGGUAACCCUGUUGUCCAUUUUAAAAAAGAAUUCAACCAUUUUAAUUCACUUUACAAACUGGUUACUGGUGGAGUUCAUCCUACUACAGACAACCAGUACCUCUGUCCCAGAACAGCACUUAAUUUAAAUACAAUAAAGAACUGUGGAUGCUGGAAAUCUGAAAACAAACACGGCAAGUGCUGGAGAAACUCAUCAGCUCUGGCAGCAUCUGUGGAGAGAGAAACAGAGUUAAUGUGUUGGGCGCAGUGAUGUUUCCUCAGAACCAAUAUUUCAGAAUGUGACCAUCAAUGUGGAUUCGUUUUUUUUGUUCUCCAGAUUCUGAAGAAGAGGUCACUGGACUUGAAACGUUAACUCUGUUUCUCUCUCCACAGAUGCUGCCAGACCUGAUGAGUUUCUCCAGCAAUUUCUGGUUUUGUUUAACUGUUAAUGUUUGAUUUUUUUGCCACCGUUUGAAUUCCAGUCCCACAAGUUUGUUGUGUGUAGGUGAUAAUCCUUAAUCAGAGCUGGAUGUGAGCAGUUCUUUGGCUGAAGCCUUUGAAAAUAGGCCCUGGUGUGUUACCGAGUGUGAUUCCUGAUGAAGGGCUCUUGCCCGAAACGUCGAUUUUCCUGCUCCUUGGAUGCUGCCUGACUUGCUAUGCUUUUCCAGCACCACUCUAAUCUAGACCCUAGUGUGUUACCAGCAACUUCCUUGUUCUUCCCCGAGAAAUAAUCCCCUUUUUGAAGAUGUCAGGGGACCGAGGAAGGAUGUUUUGAUUCAUUGCUGUUUAGAUGGAGGGAGCCCUGUAGAGAACCCGCAGAAUCCAGGUUCCACUCUGAGGCCCAUCAGUUCCUCUUCCAAACCCUGAGCUGCCUUUUUUGCUCAGUAUGUUUGUUUUCAGUCUGAGAAGUGGAUCUCUGUUGUUGGUUGAAGGUUUGUGAAUAUCUCAAAUUGUACAGUUCAUUUAAAAAUAAUAAAGAGACA